UGGAAUAAUAUACACAUACAUAAUAACAUAACCUCCUACCCCACCCCACAACAAAUAUCAUCCUUAGACCAACGUAUAUACUACAACAAAAAUUCUCAACAUCAAAAUUCCACACAUUUUUAAUUUUUUAUAACUUUACUAUAAUACAUUACUCUAUUUUUCUUCAAUUUGUUGGCUUCAUUUUAACAUUAUUUGCAUGCUAUUUAAACAAAGGAUGAGAAGCAGUUUCAUGUGAUAAAGUGGUUGAAAAAGUUAGUUGCUAUUUUGAUGGGUGUGACACUUUCUUUAAAAAAGAUUUGAUAUAAUCCCAAUAAUUUUGGUCUAAUAUAUCAAAUUUAACACUGAAAAAAACAAUGGAAGCAGAAGAUCAUAAGGGUCUUGAAAGGGUUUUGUCACAAAAGGCAUUAUCAAUGAGUAGUUCAUUUCCAUGUCAAAUUUGUGUAGUUGGAUUUCUUUGUGGAGUUUGUCUUACUUCUCUAUUCCUUGCUGCUCUUACUUCCUUCGGCCGUUUCGAAUUCGAUGGCAUUCAGUUUCAUCAGAUUUCAGCUGCUAUCUUGCCCUGGAGCUCUAAUCCACAGAUUACUUUAGGAGACAGUGACUUUAACUCAAGAACAGUGGAGAAGGAAGUGAAUCCAAGGGGGAAAAAAUUGUGCUGUGACGACGAUAAGGUGUCUAUGCUACUAUUCAACUUGGAGCAACUUAAUGAAUCUGUAGACCCAUGGACAGACACGAAAUCAAGUGUCCCGAAUGCUCCUCAUUUAGAGAACUGUAAGUCAAAAGCCCUGAUGAACAAGAGGCUAGAUACACGUGUUGGUAAUGCAACAUUCCCCCCUUGGACCCUUUGGAAGGGAUCAUUAGACGUAUACUCAAAGGAUUCGGAAAAUGAGCAGUUGAAUGAUUUCAGGCAUCAGGAUAUGUCUCAAGGUGCUUAUCCUCCCUGGAUUACAGGAUCUGAUGAAGAAAAUUAUCCCUUAACAAGGAAAGUGCAGCGUGAUGUAUGGCUUCAUCAGCAUCCAUUGAACUGUCAUGGCCCUCAAGUGAAGUUUCUUGUGGCUGAUUGGGAAAGACUCCCCGGGUUUGGUAUAGGUGCACAAAUUGCUGGAAUGUGUGGACUUCUUGCUCUUGCCAUUUCUGAGAAGAGGGUGCUUGUAACAAAUUACUACAACCGUGCUGAUCAUGAGGGCUGCAAAGGAUCAUCUCAUGCAAGUUGGUCUUGCUACUUUCUUCCGGAGACAUCCCAAGAAUGUCGGAAUCGUGCUUUUGAACUCAUGAAUCAUAAGGAAGCAUGGGACAAGGGUAUCAUAAAAGCAAAAGAGAACUACACUUCUAAGGAGAUAUGGGCAGGACGGACUCCUAGAAACUGGGGUGCUCCUUGGAGUUAUUUGCAACCAACAACAGAAAUAAACGGGAGUUUCGUAGCAUUUCAUCGGAAAAUGGACAGAAGAUGGUGGCGAGCACAGGCUGUACGAUAUCUGAUGAGAUUUCCGACUGACUACACAUGCCAUCUAAUGAAUGUUGCUCGACAUGCUGCAUUUGGAAAGGAGGCUGCAGAAAUGGUCCUCUCGAAUAGUAAUGGAGACUGGCUGAAGGACGAAACAGACCACCCUGCACCUGAGAUAGAAAAAUAUGUAUGGUCCAACCGCAAACCAUGGAUUCCAAGACCACUUCUAAGCAUGCAUGUAAGAAUGGGAGACAAAGCUUGCGAAAUGAAGGUGGUGGAGUUCAAAGAGUACAUGCGCCUAGCUGAAAGGAUAAGAAAACAAUUCCCGGACUUAAGGAGCAUCUGGUUAUCCACCGAGAUGCAACAAGUCAUCGACCUUACAAAGCAUUACACUUCAUCAGGAUGGAACUUCUACUUCACCAAUGUAAAAAGGCAAGUCAGCAACAUAACAAUGGCAACCUAUGAGGCGAGCCUUGGGAGAAAGACAAGCACGGAAUAUCCUUUGGUCAAUUUCUUGAUGGCCACUGAAGCUGAUUUCUUCAUCGGCGCCUUAGGUUCCACGUGGUGUUUUUUGAUUGAUGGUAUGAGGAACACGGGAGGGAAAGUCAUGGCCGGAUAUCUGAGUGUUAACAAGGACCGAUUUUGGUGAAGGGAAAGAAUCAGUAUUUAUAAAUUCCAUUGUAGAUCAGAUUACAAUCGAUCAAUUUUGCUUUCUUGUGUACAAAUAUGUGGCGACAUAUUUUCUUGUAAAUACAGAGUAGAUUGUUGUAUAUUUGAGGGCCAUAAAUGUAUCGUUCUGCCUCUCUGAUGAUUUUCAAUAGUAAGCUCUAAAUAAAGCUAUAUACAUUUUAUGCUGA